AUGACAGGAGCCGACCCUUUCAAGAUCCACAUGCAUGAGCCGAAGAAGGCAGCAGCGGGUGACGACGCUUCCCAGUACGUCCCAGUGGGCCGCUCCAAGUCACAAGCCAUCGGUGCCUUCAUCGAAUGGAGAGAAACGCAGGCGGUGAUGAUUGCACUGGUGGUGUUGGACGUGGCAGCAGCUGUGGCCAGUCUCGUCCUAGACCUCCUUGCGCAGACUGGCGUGGUUGUGCCGCCAAUCCUAGGCCAAUUGUUGCAAUCCUUCGGUGGCUUUACGUUGAUUUUGUUCAUGAUUGAGCUUGCGGUGCUCAUUUGGGUCUUCCAGCUCGCAUUUUUCACCCACAUCGGCUACGGCAUCGACUUUGGGGUUGUUGUCUCGUCGUUUUCAUGGGAACUGUCGCGGCAAUCCAAGGGGCUGCGACUUCUCGGCGUGUUUCGCCUGUGGCGCAUCUUUCGCCUCGUCAACACGUUCCUAAACGACGAGCGGUCCCAGCAUGCGGCCACCGCCAACCUGUUGGAGAUCGAGAAGCAGGCGGUGGACGCGGCGGCGCUAAAACUCCAACGACUCGAAGAUGCACUCGAGAAAGAGUACCAGGCCAAAACGACUCUGAGUUUGGCGCUCCAGGAGUACAAGGACGAAGUGGAUACGUUGAAGGAAGCGCUGACGAUCGCCGCGAUGAGUGUCACGACGUCCCAUGCUGAAGAAGCAGAAGGCGACGACGAAGAUGGCGAAGAAGAAGGAGGACUGAGGCAGGCCCGCGCCGUCGACGCCGACGAUAUCUUUGAGGACGCACAAUCAUGAUAAUCUUGUACUCUACGAAAUAGUACUAGUUUUUACAGUUAACUACUCUCGAAUGUUGUAUUAUACACAA